CAAUUCGUAGUUUGGCAGCUACUUCACUAGUUUGAGAUUCACACUUACCGGGUCAUAGUUUGAGAGCUAUCACUCAUUAGCGGUUAGCAGUUUAAAAUAUUUGUAUUUAGUGGUAGAUAUAGUGUGACCAGCUUAUGCUAGAAAACGAACAUAAACAUAUGUUUGCUGCGUGUUACGUCGUUGGUGUCGCAUUUUUAUAAGAAUUAUUUUCAAGCGCAGUUAUUUAAUUAAAAUGUUACCUAUAGCACGCGGUGUAUUUAAUAGCUUAACGCUAAUGACACGUAGCAGCCGCGGCGCCAUACAUACAGUCAGCGCACAUAAAUGCAAAGCCGCUGCCGCUGAAUCUGAAACUGUGGAAGAAAUCACUGAUGAAAGCGUUGACGAGGGCAAAAUGAGCGGAAGUGGCGCACCGGAUCCAAAGGAUCGCACUAAAGUAAUUCCUGUUGAGACUUCCAUGCGUUAUUUAAAAAGCGCUGCCUACAAAACAACCUAUGGUGAUUCGUUUGUCUGGACACAAUAUCGUCGCAACCACAAGGGCAUGUUUGCACCCCGCAAAACACGCAAAACAUGCAUUAGACAAGGCAAAAUUUCCACCGGCAAUCCCUGUCCCAUUUGCCGGGAUGAGUAUCUAGUACUGGACUAUCGCAACACGGAUCUACUCCAGCAGUUUAUUUCGCCAUACAGUGGUCAGUUGCUAAGCUAUUCCAAGACGGGUCUUUGUCAGAAAAGUCAUUUGCGUUUGAUGGUCGCCGUGGAGCAGGCACGCGAUUGUGGACUGCUCACAUACGAUGUGCCCUUCCGGGAGUAUGAUUAUAGUGAAUACUAUGGCAAGCAAGAGAAGAAGCAAGAGCAGUAGCAGUCUUAAAUUAGAAGUAAAAUAUUUUCUAAUUGAAGUUUGUUAAAAAAUCUGCGUGUGUAUAUUAAUAAU